GUUUUUCUUCAGCACUCAUUUUGUUACCCGGUUAUGUUUUUUCAUGCACACACAGUGGAGUUAUUAGGUGAAGAGAAAACACACAAACAAAAUGGCGGAAAAUAAUGUUUCAUCCAUAAAAACAGAAGAUUUGGUGGUUGAAGGAUGUCGUAUGCCGGUGAGAAUGGAUCAAACGGAUGAGUGGCCUCUCGGAGAGAUCAUCAGUCGCAAGGAUACAGAUGAUGGAGUCCUGUUUUAUGUCCAUUACAUUGAUUACAACAAGCGUCUUGAUGACUGGGUCACACUGGAUAGACUCAACUUGGAGAAGCUUCAGAUGCCACAUAAAGAAGCCAAGACUCCACAGAAGGAGAUCCUAACACCAAACUGUAGCUCCAGGGCCUCCACCCCUGAGAGGGAACUACCUGCCCUUGCCGCAUCCACCCUCGCUGCACCUACCCCGCCCCCAGCACCUGUUGUGGUGCAUGUGAAUGGCAAUGUACCCAAGAACAAAGGCAAUCCUGUUGGCAGGAAAAGAAAGCUACCCUUCCUUGAAACAGAGGAAUCUAUGGACAUUUUACGUUUCCAGGAUUCCUUGGACAUCUUGAAUGUGAAUGCACCCAGACAAACUGGAAGUAUGGUGGCAGAUAAGAACCAUGAUGACAUCAUCACCCGUAUCAAGAACAUUGAGAUGAUUGUCCUUGGGCGCCACUGUAUACGACCCUGGUACUUCUCACCAUACCCCAUUGAGCUGACCAGUAAACCUAAGAUCUACCUCUGUGAGUUUUGCCUUAAAUAUGUCAGGAGUGUCAAGUGCUUGGAGAGGCAUAAGGCCAAGUGCAAGCUGAGACAUCCACCUGGAAAUGAGAUCUAUAGGAAGAACCCCAUUUCAUUCUUUGAAAUCGAUGGUCGGAAGAACAAGGUAUACUCCCAGAACCUGUGUCUACUAGCCAAGCUGUUCCUAGAUCAUAAGACACUGUACUAUGACACAGAUCCAUUCCUCUUCUAUGUCAUGACUGAGUUUGACAGCAGAGGUUAUCACAUUGUGGGCUACUUCUCAAAGGAAAAAGAAUCAACAGAAGACUACAAUGUUGCAUGUAUUCUCACUCUACCUCCGUUCCAAAGAAAAGGCUUUGGAAAACUACUUAUAGAAUUCAGUUAUGUGUUGUCUCAGUUCGAAGGCAAGACAGGAUCUCCUGAGAAACCUCUAUCUGAUCUAGGACUACUGUCCUACAGGAGCUACUGGUCUCAGGCCAUCUUAGAAUGCAUCCUCAAGUUACCCAAGCCACCUGAUGGUGAGAGGGCUCAAAUCACAAUCAGUGACGUCUGCGAAUCAACCAGCAUCCGUAAAGAGGAUGUGAUCUACACCCUGUGCAACCUGAACCUGAUCAACUACUACAAGGGUCAGUACGUCAUCACCUUGGCCAAGGAUGUGGUAGAUGCCCACCAGAAGGCCAUGAGUAAGCGCAAGAUCCGCAUUGACCCUAAGUCUCUGCACUGGACACCCAAGGACUGGUCAAAGAGGGGCAAGUGGUGAUGGAUGGAAAGGAGUAGAGAAGAAAAUCCAUAUAUGGACAACUUAGAGACAUUGUGAAGAUGAUUAGAUCCCUACAUUGACCCUGAGUAUCUGCACUUGACAUAGGACCAUAAGGGACUGGUUCAAGGGGGGGGGGUAGAGUGGUGAUGGCUGGCAGAGAGGAUCAAGAGAGAGAGAGAGAGAGUCCAUCUUAAGACAAACAUUGUGAAUAUGAUGGUAAUGAUUGGCUGAAGGAUGGGAUUUAGUACUAAGAAAAGUGAUGACUGGAAAGUUUGGUUUGAACUUAGCUGGUAGAAUUUGUGCUGGAGAAGGACAAAAUCAGGGCGAAAUUCGACAGUGGCAGUGUUACACUGAAAGGACUUUCUACCUGAGGAAUCAUGCCUAGUGUAAAAACAUCAAAAAGAUGAUUUAACUCUACAAUUCACAAGACUCCAUGUAAGUCUCAAUUCAUAAGAAUGAAUAAUUUUCAGCUCAUUCAUUAACCAUAAAUUUUACAUGAAACAUGCCCCCCCCCCCCCACAAAUUGUGGCAUGUAUUCUGUCCGCUCUACUAGAUAUAAAUAAUUCCCGUAAUUCUCACAAACAUUUACAAAAAAAUAGUAUAUGGUUAGUUUGAAGAAAAAAGUAGAUUUCUCUCAACAUGCUUUAAAAACUUUAGAUUUAAAGAGAAGGUCGAUUUCUGGAAAGAGGUGAAAAAUAAUUUAUGAGCGUUAUCAUUGUAU